CACCUCUAGCGGAAAUAUUAAUGUACUAAGCAGUAAGUGAUUGGUAACGAGUUGAGUGAGACAAGUGAUUAAAAAAUGGCAUCCGCGACGACGUCGCACAAUGAGGUUUCGCAGGAAUUUUCUGUCAACAAACUUAUUCGUGUCGGUUAUUACGAAUUGGAAAAAACUAUUGGCAAGGGAAAUUUUGCCGUUGUUAAAAUGGCCACUCAUGUUGUAACUAAAUCGAAGGUUGCUAUUAAAAUAAUAGAUAAAACAAAAUUAAAUGAAGAAAAUCUAGCCAAAAUUUUUCGUGAAGUACAUAUAAUGAAACGAUUAAGGCAUCCACAUAUUAUAAGACUAUAUCAAGUAAUGGAAACAGAGAAAAUGAUAUAUUUAGUUACUGAAUAUGCUCCUGGAGGAGAAAUAUUUGAUCAUCUUGUACGAAAUGGGAGAAUGCCAGAACCAGAAGCAAGAAGAAUUUUCCGUCAAAUUGUUCUUGCUGUUCGUUAUCUUCACCAACAGAGAGUUGUUCAUCGAGAUCUUAAGGCUGAGAAUUUAUUACUUGAUGCAGACAAUAAUAUAAAACUUGCAGACUUUGGAUUUAGUAAUGAAUAUACUCCAGGUGUUCCACUUAACACUUGGUGUGGUUCACCACCAUAUGCUGCUCCAGAAAUUUUUGAAGGAAAACACUAUGAUGGUCCAAGAGCUGAUGUAUGGAGUCUAGGUGUUGUUUUGUAUGUAUUAGUUUGUGGUGCAUUACCAUUUGAUGGACCUACAAUGCAAUUAUUACGUUCUGUAGUAAUCUCAGGGAAAUUUAGAAUACCAUUUUUUAUGUCUGCAGAAUGUGAAAAAUUAAUUAGACAUAUGUUAGUAGUAGAACCAGAACGACGUUUAAGUAUCUCACAAAUUUUAGCACAUUCUUGGAUGGGUGGAGAUGGUGUAACAGAACCUGAACCAGGAGGGUGUAAUCCUGAAAAUGUGCCACUUCAAAUAAAUCAGGUAGUAAUAGAAAAUAUGUUAAGAUUACCAGGUCUUAGUGCAGAAACAUUAUUAAAAGCAGUUCAAGGAAAUGCAUUUGAUCAUGUGUCAGCAAUAUAUAAUCUUCUUGUUGAUCGGUUAGAACCAAUGCCUAAUUUACCUAGUAUUCAAAGUAUACCAGGAGAUUAUGCCCCUGAUGGAGCACAUCAACUAGAAAAGUUUGGUGAUACAGAAGCAGAAACAGAAGAAAGAAGUGGAAUGCAACUUACACCUGGCACACCUUAUCAUACAACUAGAAGACACACAGUUGGACCUGGUGAUACUGCACAUCAGCCACAAUCAUAUCCUUAUAGCUAUAAUCACACAUCAGGCGAUCCAGCAUUGCGACUGCUUCCUAUAUUACAAUGUAAUAAUACUGAUCCUCAAGUGUUACCUCACACAAAUUUGCCCUUAAAUCUUCCUUUGGUUCAACAUCAACCUCCUCAAAACUUUCAAAUCAAAGAUCAACAUUUGUUAAAACCUCCUCCUGUGAUGGGUGCAACUGGGAGUUUUGGAAGAAGAGCUUCAGAUGGUGGAGCUAAUCUUCAUGUCUUCUAUCAGCAACAUGGUAGUAAUUCUGGUGGUGCUGAAGAUGGAGGAUGGAGUCAACCUGGCAGUAGAGAACAUUUGCAACCUAUGCAAAGUGGAAGUCCAACUCUUGUACCAUGUGCUCAGUCAUUAAAUGUAGGAGUUAAUAGUGGCAAUAGUGAUACAAAUAAUAAUACUGGAAGUGGAAGUGGAGGUAGUGAUAGAAGAAGACGAAGUGGUCUUACUGCCGUCAUGCAAAGACCAGUUAUAAAUCCGGAAAUGGUAAUGGAAGUGGAAGCUAGGAUGAAUAGAGCUUACCUCCCAUCACGACUAUUACCAACACAUCUUAGAGGAUCUACACUUCCACACCAUAGGAAGACUUCAUUGUAUCAUACUAGCACUGUAGGUAAUAGAGAUUCAUACAAGGAACCAAGCACUCAUGUUUCUACAGAAAGAUAUUCACCUGUUCGGAGAGCAUCCGAAGGUUCGGGUCCACCUGGACCUGGAAUUCAGGCACUUCAACAAGAAUAUCAACAAUUACAAAGGUUAGCAUCUCCAUCGCAUAGUCCUGCAAGUAUUCCUGGAUCUCCUGUGCAUGAAAGAGGAGUAGCAGCAAUCACACAAGGUUUAAGUGGUUUAACAACAGCAGUACAAGGUAGUAUAGUUCAUGGUACUCCAACACAACCCCCAGCAACGCCAUUAGAUUUGAGUCCAUUAAGGCAUCAUAGAUCACCAGCUACCACACCAGUUAGUUAUUCACCUAGUAACAGUCCAGCAUUAGAUAUGAUUCAAGAAGAACAUCCUGUGGAAAUACCAAGAGUACCGCCUCAAAUAUCUGUAACUGAUCUUGGAGGACAAGUAACACUUAUUAGUUGUUCACCUUCACCAUCUCCAUCGCCUGAUUCACUCGAAGACACGUUACCUCAUUACAAUCCUCUUCCCAGCUUCAUCAUUUCUGAACCAUGUGAUCCAUCAAGACCUAGUAUCACACGUGGUAUUGGUAGGCCAUUGAAUACGUCAAUACCUACAGAAGUUGAAGUUACAUUAUCAGAUGAAUCGAGUAGAUUAAAUUCCGAAGCUAUAUUAGGCCGUGUAAAACAAAUUAUAGACGCAAGAGCCCCUCCAAAAGGAUUUAUCUUCUCUAGAGAAGAAGUAAAAGGUGGUGGGCUUAGUUUAGAAUAUCCAGGUGGUGUUCAAAUUGAACUUAGAGUAUGUGAAUCCGAAGAAAAGGAAGUAAAAGGCAUUAAAAUGCGAAGAAUUAGUGGGGACCAAUUACAAUACAGUCAACUUUGUCAGCAGCUGAUCUCGUGUAUUACUGUUUGACGAAAACCAGCACAUAAUAUAAUGUUUUUCGUUACAUUACAUUCCUGGUGCCACAUACACCACUCAUUACAGUAUUGCACAUGCAUGCUGCAUAAUACGAGCGGUACUUUAAGCAUACCAUUCUUUACAUUGAUACAUUCAUGUAACAUUCAGUGUGCUACAUUUCUCGAUAUUUUUUUUUUUUUUUUUGUUUUUUUCGUUCUGACUUAUAAAAUUGAAAAAAAACUUGUGCAUAAUAUAAAGCUAGAACAAAAACAAUUUUUUAAAGUCUUAAUAAUGACUUUAAAAGGUGUACAAAUAUACAUGCUUUUGUGCAAAUAAGACGAUGUUCUGCUAUUUUUAAAUAAUCUAAGUAUUAACAAAUCUGAACGUUUUUCAUGAAACUUUAAUCGUUAAUGUACAUCACACAUCAUUCCUUUUUGUAGAAUAUUUGUCUUCAUAUUAGAAGAUUGUAGGUAGUAAAUUCAUAUUUUACUGUUCAAAUUAUCAUCAGGUGCCCUUUUUAGCUUAGAUAAAAAAAAAGCGUCUUUUGUACCGAAUUAGAUGGCAAAAUGUAAGCAUUUUCACGAUAUAUAUGUCUUUCUAAUGUAAUGGAAAUGUUUUAUAUGAAAUUUACUAUAUUUAAUCGAUUACCAUUGCAAUUUUAAUUUCAUAAUGUGUAUUUCAUAUUUGUAGAUAUUCAUUUUAUAGUACUGUAAUUUUCUUUUUUCUUUAAUAUUAUUAGGACUAGAAGAAUUCCCUUCUUGUUUUUGGUACAAAUACCAUUCUGUUAGAUAAUUUAAUUUUAAUAAGUAAAAACAUAUAUAUUCUUUUGUAUAGUGCAAAUAUAAUUAUUGUGGUUUGUAGUCUAAAAGCUACACAGACUGAGUUAUGAUUGUAUAUCUUUUUUUUUUUUUAAAUCAUAUAUAAUACAUAAAAUUUUUAAAUCCAUGAUAUUUCAAUGAUAAUGUAAUUAAAAAUUAGUAAUUUUUAAAAAAUAGUAAAGCAUCGUUACAAAGUAUACUUUCUAAUAGUUAUGUUAAUUAAUUAUUUAAUUAUUGCCAUUUAAAAAGGAAAGUAUACAACCUAACUCUCCUUGUGUAACCAAAGAAUUGAAUUACUUUUAUAUUUUUGAAAAAAUCUUUUAUUCUUAUUUUAAAAACAAAAGGAAGAUAAAAAUUCAUAAUAAUUUCUACUUAAUGCAAUUGUAACUAUGUAGGCACAUUAUUUUAUUAUGUUGCAAUGAUUAGAUAAAAGACAUUAUAUUAGUGUCAUAUAUGAAAAAUAAGAUUUAAGUCGUUUAACAAAAUAUUUUUCUAAAUUAUGACUUAAACAAAAGAUAAUAUGCAAAUAUAUAUUUCUUGUGUACAAGCUACAAUGAAUAUUUUUACAGAAUACAACUUGUGUAAACAUAUUUUUUUUCAUUAUUAAAUAUAUGCUUAUUUUCUUUUUAUCAUACAAAAUACUUUGGUUUAAUAUUGUUUAUAUAUUUAUAUUUUUUAUUAGUUCUAAUAGUAUUGCUUAUCUAUAUAAUCGUUCAAAUUUUUUACAAUUAUUUUAUAAUAUAUCAUUCAGCAAAUAAUUAAAUACAAGUUGUAUUUUGUAAGUAAAAUCAUAAAACGUGCUUCAUAUACUAAUACAUUUUUAUUUGAAUAUUUCAUUUUAAAUCAUGGAUCAACUUACAUCUAUUAGAAGUAAUAAUACUUCUGUGUUUCUGUAAAUAACAAAAAUUAAUGUAAAUAUAUGAUGCGUACUAUUUAGAGAUUUCUAAAGUGUACAUCAUACAGGCUAUUCUAUUUGAGAUAACUUUUAAUACUUUAAUGUUCUUAAAAUAUUCGUUAAUAUAUAAUUAUUAUUACAAUAUGUUUCAUUAUAAAAUUUUCUAUAAAAAAUACGUAGUCUUACAUAUUUAUAUAAUAGUUUGAAAAUAGAAUGACAAAGAAUGUUUUCAUAUUAAUCAAAUUUACAUAAACAUUAUAUGCAUACAUGUUUUUAAAUUAUAUGGAUAAAUUAUUUCAUUAGUUAAUCAAAUAAGAAUAGCCCUUAAUAUUAUGUAAUGCCCAAUUUCCAUCAAGUAAUUAAUAAUGUAUUAUAUUAUAUCAUUUAAACAUUUUUUUUUAUAUUCUAAUCAAAGUAAAAACCUUGUAUAUGUGCACUAUAUAUAUUAGAUUUAUAAUGAAUGUACCAUUAAAUAUUUUAAUAUAUCUUAAUAAGUUGAAAAUCCAAUAUGCAGUAUCAAUUUUAUAUUAAUAUAAGUGGUAUAUUUCAUUAUAAAUCAUUGCUGACAAAGCCUUCUGGACAAUUCUUAAUAUAUUAAAUAUUAGAUGUCUAAAAAUAUCUAUUUCUACUUAAUUUAAGUAGAAUUUAAUUCAAAAAUUCUAUGUUCUAAAUUCUUAACAUUUAUAUAAAAACAUAUUUUAAAGCAAUAAUUAUUUCAACAAAAUAUUUCUUGCCAAAUAAUGUUUUUACUUCUAUAUUUUGACUAUUUUGUGUAUAUUUAAGUCUUCCUUGUGAAUUAUUUUUUAUUAUAAUAUUAGAAUGCAAAUUUUAUUUUGUAUAGUAUAUUCUGCAUAAAAUAUGACAAUACUUUCCGAAAGUAUUACAAAUAUCGAUAUGAUAUUUUUUGCAAAUUAAAUAGUAUACAAAAAAAUAAUUAUUUAUUUAGGAUAAAAAAAAUUAUAAAGACAAGUCUCGGAAGAUAGAAAAGAUACCGUCUUCUUUUUAACUCGAAUGGUAUUUUUGUUUUUAAUUUAAUUUUUUUUAAUUUAAUUUGAAUCAUUAUUUAUUAUACAUUAUGUUUGUAUUUUAUAUUAUCAAACAUAAUAAUAUAUUUACUUGAUAUAAACAUAAUAAUAAUAUUUACUUGAUAUUUAAUUUUUUUUAGGAUUUGCAAUGAAAAAUACGUAAAAGAAUGUAGAUAAAAAAAUUUAAACUGUCGAAUAUAUGUGACGUAAAUUUUUUUUUCCAUUUUUUUAUAUAUAAUUUUUUUCAUUAUGAUUUUUUAAUUAAUCUAUGAAAUAUAAAAAAAUAUAAAUAAUAAGUAAAUAUUAUUAAAUGCAAUAAUAGAUACAUAAAUAUAAAUAUAAAUAAAUAACUAAUAUGUCAUUUCAUUUAAAAAAAAUGAAAAUGACAUUUCUUUCAUCUCUUAAAAUUCAUUCCUAAUUCUUUUAAUUCUAAAUGUUGAAUCCUAUAUACUUUAAUUUGCAAAAGAAUUUCAUGUAAAUAUCUACAGUAAUGUUUCGAAAACAGUUGUUAUUUUUUAUAUAGAAUAUCAUAUAUUAUGAUAUAUUAUAUAUUUUGUAAAUUUUGUUUAUAUAAUACUAAAAUUUAAAAAUUUGUUUCAUAAAUUAUAUCAUUUCAUUUUUUUUUUUGCUAUUAAUUUAAAUAUAUAUAAUAACUAUUAUAAAAACAUUGAACAAUCUAAUGAGAAAUUUUUUAUUCUUUUAGCUGAAAUUUUCAAUAUUUUUAAUUGAGAAUACAAUGUAUAAACGAAAAAAUUUUAUAUUGAUGGAAAAUGGGCAAAAUUAUUAUCAAUUACGCACAACAGUGAAAGUGUAGAUCAGCAUAAUCCAAUUUAUUGUACAUAAUACAUAUACAUAAUUAUUCAUUUAAGAUACAUACGAUGGUAUGUAUGCAGAAGCAAACUAUGUACAUUAUAAAUAUUUGCUAUAUGGAUAGGAUACAGAUAGUAUUUUCUGCUGUCAAUUCUUCAACUAAGACUGUGAUUUUUAAAUAUACUAAUGGCUAGGUAGAUACAAUACAUAUUGAUUGAUAAAUAUGAUAAAAUAAAAAUAAAAGAAAUAUUCAAAACA